GCAUAAUUAGGAUACAGAUAUGCCGAAUUCUAACCUGCCAACUCUUCCUCUGGGACGAGCUAUUCCAGGCAAAAAUAUGACUUGUAUUCUUCGAGAAAAUACUCGGAGCAGCGCAUCUGUCAGCCGAUCUACUUUCCGUCUUAAUUUGAGUGAGUGCAUUCACUACCUGAACCGGUUAAGCGUGGCACGUGCCCCACUGAACUAUCAAUUGCAGUUACUUUUCAACGCGCUCAAAUUACUCAUCGCUCUCCACAUACGUUGCUUGGCGUUCCACGUUCGUCAACAGGAAGCUGCUACUUGCAAAUAUCCGGUUCCCAAGCUUAUUUCCACCGAACUUCUAGUCAACUUGAUCAGACAGUAUCAGUUUAUCAGCCGGGUUCCUCUUUGGCAUUCCACUUUACACCAAGGCCAGCGCAAAAGUUUACAAGAGUUUAUCAAAACGCAUAAGUCGAAAUUGCCUACUGAUUAUUUGAGGCCGCUGAAACAGCUUGAAAUUAAUUCAACCGUGUUAGAAUCUUCAAGAAGACAACCUUUAUCAAGCUUAUUCGGAUGUGGCCAACCUAGCAAGUUUUUCAACAAUGAUCCUUUGGGCAAAAGCAAGGAAGGCAUUACAUCGAGCAAGGAUGAACCAGUUCUCCAUAGGGUGACAAUUCCUUUUGAUGAAGACGACGGUGUUGUGGUUAUCAUCCGCCCCAUUCGGCACCCUAACCGUUCUCGAGGUUCGGUUGCGGCGGACCCUAUGAAACAUUAAUAUGGUGACCAAUGUAUUCCUCAUGUGUGUAUGAGAGGAUUUGUUGGAAUGGACAGAGAAAUUUUAUGUGUAUUCGCUGU